CACGCUGAUCUCUGCCUGACCAGUGGAGCAAAACAACAACACUUUAUCUGGAAGUGUUUGUUUUUAAUCUAUUCUUUUUUUUUCUUUACUAAGCUCAUGUUCUUAAUCAUGUAAAGAAACAUAAAAGAUGAAGCUAUUCUCUAACAGCAGACAAACAGGGUUCUGCUUAUGUUUGGUUGAAGAAAUUAAAACCCCCUGAUGUUUUUGUGGAGACCAGUUUAGGGAAAGUGGCUGAGGAUUUUCCUCCAGGACUGUCAUUAUGCUUUUGCUGUGGACCCUAAUUUGGAAGUGUGGUAGUAUUGUAACCCAGCAUUACAACUAGAUGGAGAUGGUGGAUUCGGGUUAUGCUCAAGAGGCAGAUUGAAUUUUGAACAUAUUUUGAUAACUCUUUGACCCACUUUAAGGUUCACGGUUGACUUGCAGCAUAUCAUUGACUUUGGAGAGAUUGCCAAGUUUUCAUUGGGACUCUUGCCCCACUCUUGCGGCUUCUCAUAUGUUAGUGCCCCCCGUAUGGAGGAGGAGGAGGAUGAUGUGUUUGAGCCAGAUCCCAACAGCUGGCACACACCAUUCAGGGAGAUAAAGUUUGAAGACCGGGGCACACAAACGCCCGGUCCUGGCGUGGCACCACAUAACGUUAUGCUGCCCUGUGGAGUUGUGGAGGAGCCCAGACCACUUUUCUACCGUAACGCAGGUUUUCGAUUGCACUUCCCAGCACAUUUUGAGCUUGUCGGGGAUUUUGACGUAAGGCGACAAGCGGAGCACAACAGGAUGGAGCAGUUACCUUUGCAACAGCCGGCAGCACUCAGCUUGGAGGCCUGCAUCGGGCAGAAACUUCAGAUAAUAGGCGACCAGUUUCACCGGGAACACUUACAACAGAUCCCAGGACAGCCCUUCCCCCACCUAGUUCACCAACACCAGGCCCUUACCCUGCCUCCUCUUCCUGUUUAUUUCUCUCUCCUUUCCCCUGUGGUCCCGUUGUGCUGUGGAGUAUCAUCAAAACCAAAGGAAUCAGGGGCCGCUGUGGUGGCGCAUGACUGCAGCUCUUCUCAGCCUCCUGUUUGAUAGGGGGUUGAUUGGUGGAGCAGGAUGGAGGUGAGGGAGUUUCUCCACAUAUGUCUGCUGUCUUCAUCUCUGUGGUGAAGAACUGGAAGCACCUGAAGGCACUGUCCAAUCUAACACGGGUCUGUUUGAGAGAGGAAACAAAGGAGGGAAAAAAGUCACCGCGGGACGGUGACAACUAAGUUUUAUACAAGGGCCUGUUUUUAAUUUUCUUUAAAAGAAGAUGCCAUGUUGCUUCAGGAUUCAUCUUAAGGACAAUGUUUAUAUUUUGGCCUUCAUGCCAUCUAGUCUUCUUGUACAGUACAUUGAUUUUGUUAUUUUUUGCACUUCGGCAUGUAUCCUUCCUAAAAGACCUGACCUCCACAGACUUUGUUAAUGCCUUAGUCAGUGUCUUCUACCAGAAGGAGAAUUGAGGGUUUUUUGAAAAAUAAGAUGAGAUGGUGCAACAGAUUCUUUUUGACCAGUAAAGUUGAUUUACUCAUUUCCAAAGAGGCCACUUCUCAGAACAAAGUAUUUUGCACCUCAAUGGGACAUUUAUCUAUUUAUCUUUUCUUUGUUUUUUUUCCCCUCUUAUUUUCUGUGCUUUGAUAUUAAUUUUAACCCUACAUAUCUUGUAGAAUUUCAGGAGUCAAGUUUCUGUACAUAAACAGUUGGCACACUGUAAAAUGUUAUCAAUGUUUAGUCGUGUGCUACAUGUCAAACAUUUGGGACUAAUUGAACUUUAUGAGGAAGGGAGUUGGCUGUGCUUAGCAACACUACCUGUUUAAACAAGUAUGGUCAUUCCAGCAGACCUGACAAACAAAAAGAAGACUUAAAUAUCAGAUGUUAUGCAGAUGGCGCUAUUUUGUGUUUGAAGAACUGAAGAGUUAAUGUAGCAGUAAAGCAGCUCGAUAGUGGAUAAAUAACACUAGUAUCAAUCGGUUACAAUUGCUGGAGUGUCAGACAAGCAAUUUGACAUGUAGCAUUAGUUAACAUUUUUUAGGAUUUUGUUUUGCUAUACUUGUAGCAACAUUAAGUUCUUUGUUCUUCUACUUGCAAAGACAUGUUUAAUAGCUUUCUUUGCAUGAAUACUACCCUUGUUUAGCCCCUCCUUCUAAAAUUUUUUCUUUUAUCUGAAACAUUUAUAUCUUAAACGAUUUUGCUCCCUAUUGACCGGACUUCCAAUAACAUUAGAAAACAGUUUCUGUCAAUGUAACUGACAUUUUUUAACACUGAUGACACCGACUAGACCAUGGUUACCUGGGCAGAUAGCAAAGUCACCCAAAAAAACUGCCACUUGGUAUCAUAAGUAUUAAAUAGAUAUUUGCCACCUGUCUGGUUUGUAAAAUUUGUUGCUGUACGGACAACUAAGAGACGUCUGAGAUGUAGCACACUGUAUAUAUAUAUAUAUAUAUAUAUAUAUGACAGAAUUAAUCGUAUUAAUCGAUUAUUAUCAACUAAUUCCGUAAUCUAUUAAUCAUUAACUGGAGUGUAGAGACUCUAAAACGUGUCUUUAGCUGGCAGAGAGACCCAGUUAUACCAAAAUUGUUGUAAAGAAAACAUAUAAGCAUUCUGAAUUUAAGACAAAAAAACAUUUUCAUCUAUCAAUAUGUUCUAUCAGGAACGCCUCAAGUGGUAAAGUGCUAUACGAUUAUUAUUCUAUUAAUCAAAUUGCAAAAUAAUCGUUAGUUGCA